GCUUCAUUACAUUUUCACCCUUUUUCACAAGCGAAUACAAGUCAUACACUGCACACGUUUGAUCGGGCAGUAAGAAGAUGACUUAUUUAAUCUGGUCGAAGCUAUUACUUAUAACUUAUCUUUGUCUUUUAUGGAACAACUUUGUCAAUGGUCAAGAGUUGGCAGAGGGUUCUCUUAUGUUCAAUCGAUUAAUCCCUCAUACAGGACACACCCAGAUAAUCUAUGAUAAUGAAGAAUUAGAUACUGGUUUUCCUAAUUGCAGACGUCAGCCCUUGCCACGACUUGGUACCGAAAUUAAAAGGGUGCAGAUUACAAAAGCAUAUAUCUGUGCAAACGGACUGAUGAAAUUUGACAAUCGGUUUUAUGAACCAACACCACGGAAUUUCGGCACGUACAGUGAUGGCAGGGAACAAACUAGUGGCGGGCAAUGCCUUGCCCCUUAUUGGUCGGCGGUUGAUUUGGAAUAUUUCAAAAAUGGUUUUUCAAAAGUGUUCUACAAGAACUACUUUACUCGCGCAGACGAUCCCAGUGUUUUUGAAAGGAUUGAUGAGGCUGCAAACUUAAUUAAAAAGAUUACUAACUAUCGUUCAAGUUGGUUGUCGGUUGCCACGUGGAUUAAUCUCAGACCAAAACAACCUCUAAACAAUAAUUUUCAUGCGUUAAAUACAUUCCAACUUGUGCUAGCCAGCAACUCUAAACUGGAGGCUGUUGGAGUGUUUUUAUAUGAAAACAUCGAUUGGGCGUAUGGGGUUGACAGAGCCCGCUAUCAAUUUUUUACUCAAACAAGCGACUUGCCAGUCAUCGGUUUCAACUCCGGAAGUCGACAUCCCGCUGAAAUAAACCGAUUGUAUAAUUUUCCAACGUCUGGAACAGUAAACGCAGAGGAGGUUGAUGAUGAAAGAGAACCUAACACGGGAAAAGAAGGAGAAAUUGUACUUAAUUUAAAAACGGCAGUUCCACCUACAAGUGCAGAGAAAUGUCGAGAAUGGGUCAAUGGGCAAAUUGACCUUGGUGUCAGAAGAUCCUUUUGUUCGUCAUCUUGUGCACCCACUUUGCAACUUGAACUGUUUAGUUUAGGAAGCAAUUUUUUUACUUCGAUAAGGACUUUUAAAUCAGGUCUUUCAAAUAAUCCCAACUAUUGCAUACUUAAACGACAAUGGUUUAGAACUAGUGCAGAUGAGUGCUGCUACACAUAUUUUGGGGAUCGCUUUUCAUUUUGGUUGAGCAUUUGGUUCAGAUCUUUCAAUAGCUUUUGGAUCGAUGAAAUUCCUUUGCAAAGAUCUGGUCCAGGACACUGGCAUCCAUAUCAUCCUUGGUUUAAUCCUGUCGAAUACCAAGAAGAAGAGAGCCGCUAUCAAGAAUGCUGUAGAAAUUUUGAUAGCACUCAGGAAUCGUGUUCCCUAUUUUACAGUAUCCGCCCGAUUUGUAACAGUAACUUCUGGUUUUUCCCAUCAAUUUGGGGCACUCUUUUUGGAGAUCCUCAUUUUGUGACUUUGGAUCGUAAAAACUACACUUUCAAUGGCUGUGGUUGGUACACAUAUUUUACAGGAAACAUCUCAGGCAACAACCAAAGCUCGCUUGUGGUUCAAGUUCGAACAACAAGGGUUGGUGACGUCAAUGCUACAGGUUUUACAGCUAUUGCAAUAAAAGAAGGUUACUCAGAGACCAUCCAAGUCAAUUUGAAUGCUUCAGGUGCUCUAAGUCUUCGAGUUAACAAGUCUGAAGCCAAUCUUCCUUCACAAAAUGGAACUUUACUUGAUAGUGGCAUUUCUUUAUCUUUUGAAAACAACACGUUGGAAAUUUCAACACCUCUUGGAAGUGGAGUACGAAUAAAGGCAGCAGCAAAUGGAACAUUUUUCACUUUUGUCGUUGCUUUGCUGCAAGAAUAUAAAAACUCAUCACUUGGACUUGCUGGAAAAUGGAAUGAUAUUAUCGACGACGACUUUACUCUCCCUAAUGGGACCGUCUUACCAAUAGACUCCAGUGAAUCAGAAAUUUUCUACAAUUUUGGAGAAAUGUGGAGGGUUCCGCAGAACGAAAUAAUUUAUGAACCUGUUGAUGACGACAGUGAUGCUUUUAAAUGUCCUACAAACUUUGCUCCAAUCUUUUUGAAUGAGGCAUUGGAUAAUCUUAAUGAGUCAUUCAGAGCCGAAGCUGAUAAAGUCUGUGGUAGUGAUGUGAAUUGCUUGUUUGAUAUAGCUGCGACAGGUGACUUGUUAAUUGGUCAGUCAACACUUGAUGAAAGUACAACUAUAAACAACGAACUCGGCCAAAUUGAAAACGGACUUCCUAGAUUCAUAAGAAAUAUAUCAACUAUCAAUGUCACUCUGGGAAUGAAUUUUACCCUCGUCUUACAAGCUGUAGAUCCUGAUGAUGAUGCAAUUGACUUUGACGUACCAUCACGUCCCAACGGAUCUGAUUUUUCUAAGAAUGCCACACAUUUAAUAUUUACAUGGUCUGUUCUGUCUGAUGAAGUGGUUGAUAUAACGUUCGUAGUUACUGACACAAAAAAUGGAACAGCAACAUUGAGUCCAUCUAUCCAACUUUGCAAAUGCGAAAAUAACGGCACUUGUUUUGUUCCUGAAGCAACAUCGAAUGAACUAGCUUCGUCUAGGCCAAAAUUUCUUAUUAUGUCGUGCACAUGCCAAGUUGGCUUUAUCGGUCAAUUUUGUGGAGAGGUUCGAGAUUUCUGUAUAGGUGAAUUUGGACCGACUUGCAAUCCUUUGGUCAGGUGUUUUAACUCACCAACUAAUUUUACGUGUGGACCUUGCCCAAACGGAUACAGUGGAAAUGGGCAAAGCUGCUCAGAUGUCGAUGAGUGCCAACAAGGUCAAUCAGGCUGUAGUCAAACUUGCCGUAACAAUGCAGGCUCUUUUGAGUGCAGAUGUAGAACUGGCUAUGUCUUGAAUUCCGAUGGAAAAACCUGCGAUGAUAUUGACGAAUGCUCAAGACCAAAUGAUUGCAGUCAGCUGUGCAACAACACCAUUGGCUCAUUUAAAUGUGGCUGCAGGGUUGCGUUCGUGGUCGAUCCACAAAAUGAUCAAAACUGUAUAGCUCAAACAGAAUGUGGUUCAAACAACUGCAAUCAGACAUGUUAUGUCGAUCCAACAGAAGGUGAAAAAUGCCAAUGUCGAAAUGGAUAUACCCUAGGAAUGGAUGGAGAAUCGUGCAAUGACAUUGAUGAAUGCGCAAAUCCUCAAAGUAACUUGUGCUCGCAAAGGUGCCAAAAUACAGCAGGGAGUUACAAUUGUACAUGUUUACCUGGAUAUACUUUGACUGACUUAACGAAUUGCGAAGAUAUUAAUGAAUGCCUAACUACCCAGAAUCUAUGCCCUAACAUGGGACAAGAAUGCGAAAAUCUCCCUGGUGGCUUUAGAUGUAGGUGCUCAAGAAGAUUAAAUUUGGUUCUUGUGAAAGGCAUAUGCGUAUUUCAAAACGGACGUGUUGUAGUUGAUGGUGCUCCAGCACCACCAAACGCAACUAAUGAACAAAUAAACAAUGCUGUGGAAAUAAUAAUCAUCAACUUCCAGACUUCAAAUUACACAGAAGAGAUAAAUGACAAAUUUAAAGAAGAGGUGGCCAAAUUACUUAAUGCCUUUUGCAAUGAGAAUGAACUACGUCCUCAAGAUUGUGGUGUACAACAAAACUCUUUGAUGUUCAAUUUACUUAACGUGGAAAGACUUCCUGGUUAUCCAAAUAACACUGGAAACAACGUCACUUUAAGAUUUUAUGUUGAUUACCCAGCAAGUAUUCGAAAUGGUACAAUGGAGCGGUCAACGUUAGGUUCAAUUCUGUUCACCGAAUUGCAAAAACUGGAAACCGCUCUUAGCCUGUCAUUGGUUGUCAAUACUCCGCUUCUCGAUGAUGUGAGACCUCCACCGGCAGCACAACUCAGUAAUACCGUUUUGCUUACCAUUUCAAAUUUCACAACAACUCUGUGGACAACCUUAUACGACAGAAUUUUCAGGAGAGCAGUGGCAGUCAGUAUCAAUAGGCACUGUCAGACAGACAACUAUACUCGCUCUCGAGUUUGUCUUCUACCAGUCUCCGGAAGUUUUCAGGAAGGACAAAUUAGCCGUAUACCAGGUUUUCCACGUCCAAAUGGACAAGGUGUUGACAUCGAAUUUUAUGUCAAUAGAACAAACUCUCUGCAGCCUCUUCCUCGUCUUACACUUGCUUCAAUACUAGCAAUAGUUGAAGCACCUCUAGAGAGAGUCUUAUCACGAAACGUUGAAGUCCGAACUUCGUUUACACCUCUUGAUCCACCACUUGCUAGUUCCGAACAAACAGCGAACAGUAUAGUCAUAAGAAUUAUGUAUAAUACCAAGUGGAACGAUCCAAUCGAUCGCCGCCUGAGAGCAGAUUCACUUGCUCCACGGAUAUCAGUAUAUUGUGCUUUAAAUAGAGAGCAAUGUAAUAUACCAACAGGCACAUCAACAUCAUUUACCGUCAAUGAUGUCCAGCGUACUUUGAACACAACACCUACCAUAGUCAAUGACAAUCAGAUUGAUUAUAGUUUCUAUGUAAACUAUCCUGGACAAAACAUUUCUAUUGCGCAGCAAAUCCUUGCGUCCGUUGUAAAGAUUGAGUUGGAUGCAAUACAAUCGUUAUCAGAUCUCUUUUUUUCCAUUCAAACACCGUUUGUUCUACCCACAUCAAGUAAUAUCACUAUGCUUCAGUCUAAUAACACUGUUCAAAUAAGGAUUCUCAAUCAACAGGCAGAUCAGUGGCACGUUAUCCAAGAUAACCAGUUUAGAGCUGCAAUUGCUUCUCAGAUCACAAGCUAUUGCUUAAAUAAUCUUAUUAUUUGUGGACUUAAAAGCAAUCAGUCAUUCCAGUCUUCACAAGUUAUUCGAACUCAUGCUUCUCCUACACAAAAUGGCGUGAAUUCCACGUAUACGUUCUUUGUCAUCUAUCGUGAUAAUAGUCCAGUACAACGUAAUCUACUUGCUGGAAUCUUGAAUAUCCAACUUAAUCGCACAGAACGAACCACAAAACUGGAUCUAAUGGUGAUCACAUCGACAUUAGCUGCACCAGCCACUGCUGCUACAAAUAACAACACAGUUAUUGUUUCUGUCAUUGGACAAAACGCCGAUCAGUGGUCAGCGAUACAAGAUAAUUCAUUCCGAGGCUAUGUGGCAGCAGCAAUUUCUGAAUUUUGUGCAAAUGAUAGUCAAUGUAAAGAUACUGGGAGUCAAGUAAACAAGACCCACGUACAGAUUGUUCAAGGCUCCCCGAGACAAAAUAAUGCAAAUGCUAAUACAGAGUUCUUUGUGAGAUAUCCUGAUGGUCAAAUUCUAGAAAGAGAACUUCUUGUGGCGAUUUUAAAUCAGAGUCUUGCGUCAAUCGAAUCAAGCACUGGACUCAAGCUAGUUAUUUUAAUUGAAGAACCUUCAUUAACACAUAUAUCUAUAUUUACACCAACUCGUACAUCUAUACCUUUAUCUUCAUCUACAUCUUCAUCGUUGUCUUUAUCUUCAUCUUCAUCUCCAUCUGAAUCUCAAUCAUCUUUAUCUUCAUCUUCAUCUCCAUCUCCAUCUGUAUCUGUAUCUCCAUCUGAAUCUCCAUCUCCAUCUUCAUCUAUAUCUAUAUCUCCAUCUCUACCUACGUCUUCAUCUCUAUCUCCAUCUCAAUCUACACCUAAAUCCAUACUAACAUUCUCACCUACAUCUAUACUUAUAUCCACACCCACAUCAACACCUACACCCACAUCUAGAUCUACCCCUACACCUGAUCGUGAAAUUGUGGACAAUACUGUCACAGUCAAACUUAUAAACUUUAAUGCAAGCAAGUGGAAUGAAAUGCUUUUCCAAGCAAACAUGGCCGAACAAAUCAACGUUUUCUGUUUUGAGGAGGAUAUUUGCAAUGCUUCAUUGCCUAAAGGAACCAACCUUACAGCUGAAAAUAUUAAAGUGCUGCCUGGCUCGCCGAUGGAAAUAAAUGCUACUUGUGCAAAUCUAUCUUUUUACGCUGAUAUUCCUGACAGAAAUAAAUUAUUACCUAAAAAUCUUCUGUCGACAAUAUUCUACGAAAAACGAAAAGAGAUACUGGCUGAAUUGCCUGGUGUAGAGGUUGAAACUCCCCCUGUAGAACUCCCUCUUGAAAACCUUACAGAAGCGCAAAGAAAUAACACAGUUAUAGUGGUACUUGUAGUACUGGAUAGUGACAGAAAUCAGAUAAAUUUACUCGUCAUUUUUGAAAUAAGAAGAGCCAUGGUAGAAAGAAUGAACACAAUUUGUUUCGGUUCUGAAGGAGAUGUUUGCCAACUUCAAAGCAAUCGUCGAAGGAGGAAGAGAGCAACUAAUAGCCGAAAUUUUACUCUAGCGGAUAUUACUAUCAACUCUGCGAGUGGUAAUGGAAGGGCAGCGCUAGACAUAGGCGUCAAUAAGCCAGGUACAAAAGAUCCAGUCAAUAAAACUGUUGUCCAAAAUGCCUUAAGGGAGCCCUUACAAAUCAGAAAUUUUAACCUGACCUUGGCACCAUCAUCAUCGACUCUUACCUCUGCACCAUCAUCAUCGACUCUUACCUCUGCACCAUCAUCAUCGACUCUUACCUCUGCACCAUCAUCAUCGACUCUUACCUCUGCACCAUCAUCAUCGACUCCUACCUUGGCACCAUCAUCCUCAUCACCUCUUAGUUUGGCACCAUUAUCAUCUCUCACCUCAAUACCAUCAUCACCAUUACUUCCCACCUCAGCACCACCAGACGAUGAUGACGUGGAUUUGCCAUUAAUACUGGGAUUGUCUAUUGGUGGCGUAUUGCUGUUGAUCUUCUGUUUUGUUGCCUUAGUAUAUUGCAAGGCUAAGAAAGAUUCAAGGUUUAAAGUCCCCAGAGUGAGCCCAGGAUCUUACGGUCACAGCAGCUGGGAAUUUGAAAGAGAUACACCGUAUGGGGGUACAGCAUUUGAAGGUAUCAGAGCUACAUCUAGAUAUGAUGAAGAUGGUUUACCUGUCGAUGAGGACCCACGUCAAUAAGAUGACAUGCAGCCAUGCAAUUGCAUAGUUUAAUGAUUAGUUAGUAAUAUAUAUAUAUUGUUUGCCACUUUUCAAAUUCAGUACAAAUCCUUUGCAAUCUUCCGGGAGCAAUUUUAGUGGGUGGAAUGAAGACUGAAAAGAUAUGAAAGCAACAACACCCGACGAAUUUAUAAUAAUCCUUUGAUCUAAAUAAACACACUCUCUGCAUGGUAUUGAGCCCAACUAUUUAUAUUAAACUUUUCUUUAUGCCAAUUACAUGCAUAUACAUGUAAAUAAAUAUUUGUAUGACACUAAGCAAUUGUUCGUACUCUAUUUUUAAGUCUAAUAAAGUCUACUUUUAAAUCACGCUCGCAA